AUGUCGGAAUACAAAUUCCGGGUGUACCAUCUCUCUGGCGAGUUGUGCACCGAGCUCUCGCUGCCUGCAGGGGCUCUGGUGCGCGACAUACUUAUGGCUGUGGAGUCGAAGGAGGGUCCCGGGAACUUCGUGCUCUUGCAUGGGGGCAGUGCUCUGCCACCGGCAUCUCCUCUGGAAAGCCUAGGCUUUUCGGCCGAGGCCGUGGACCUUCAGCUGAUACAGAAGACGGCAGACGUACGACUUGUCUCUCCUGGAGAGCGGCCUUCGUGCGUUUUCGGCGAGAAGCUGAAGUUUGCCUUGGUCGGGCCGCCUGGCGCAGGAAAGACGAGCCUCCAGAGAAGCUUCUGUCAGAACGUCCUCACCAACAUGUCCCAGACCGUCCAGGACGUGCGUGUGGUCUGCGAUGGCUUGCUGUAUCAGGUCUUUCUGUUUGAUCAAAGCCAGGAGUUCCUUAGCAGGACAAAAAUGCCUGCCAUGCUGCCGAAGAAGGAUGCUGCACUACUUGUCGUAGAUCUUGCGAGCCAUGACACCUUGCAGCAGGCCCAUCAGCUGGCCAGAAGCAUCAACGACCACGGAAUUGUCACGAAGGUCCUUCUCGGAAACAAGCUGGACUUGGCCUCAGAAAGACAAGUUUCUUACGAGGCGGCCAGGCAAUUUGCUGCGGAUCAUGGCUUCCGGUAUUUCGAAACAUCGGCCAAAGACGGAAGCUUGGAUGUCCAACAGGGAUUCAGAGCAAGAUUCGUUUCAAAGGUGAUAUCUUUCCGUCUCUGUUUUGGGGGCCUUCUUUUGUUUGUGAUUCUGAGUAGUAAGCAAAACUUAGCUUUGUCACUAGGGCAUUAA